ACCGCUGACUUCCAGGCUCGAGUCGCUCAAAUCAUGCGCACAGCCAAAAUGACCUCGGUGCGUGUGAUUAACCCUGAACAAGUCCUUGUUCAUAUGUAUUCAUGAACAGGUCUGUUUGUCUUGGCCAACUGCCCAGUCUCACCUGUGGAACAUAUUUUAUGGGCUUUGGUAACGUGGGUCUUCACUCCAUGAGGUACCUGCACAGGUUCGGGGCCAAGUGUGUGGGAGUGGGCGAGAUCGACGGAAACAUCUACAACCCCGAAGGCAUCGACCCCAAGCAGCUGGAGGACUACAAACUGGUGCUAUUAUCUUUCUGCCCACAAGACUUUUGAGUUCCUCUUUAAGUGGUUUCAUCAUUGACACUGGCACUCUGCGCUUUGGAAGUUUGACGGGCUGCACAGUAUUGUCAAUUUCCAGCUUAUGUUCCCCUUGCAAGCAGCCGUCUCCUUUAAACACGUCCUGAAACUCCGUCUUUAUUUCUUCCAACUGCCAGGUGUCUCCAUUGACAAUGUCUUCUGUCACAAUACUGUCUAGUGCAUAAAUGUUGUAUUGGACCUCAGUGAGUUUCAUUGCUUCACUUGCGCUGCGCCCUAGAAGUGGCGUUUUACAGUCUUCUCCAACAACUUGGAACUCAACUCUGUACUUUUUCUGAUUUCUUGGAUUUGUCAUCUUAACUUUGCACUUGCCUAAUGGACACAUUUUUGACUUGUUGUACAUUACCAGUACCUUGUCUGUGUGCUCCAAUUUCACAUCCGGAUUGAGCAGGUUGAUGGGUAUGAUGUUGCAGGUAGCACCACAGUCAAUCUGGAAGUUCACAAUAUUUUCAUUGAUCAUCAUCCCAGCAAACAGUCGUUCAGUUUUACCUUUUUGUUUCUCGUCAAUCUGGUUCACUUCUGCUGCUGAUGAAGUUACUGCUGUGACUGUCAUUAUGUCCUCACAUGAAUCUGAAUCAGUCUCUGUUAUGGUGUGAACUAGGGAUGGGCAUGAUUAAUCGAUUAAUCGAUAAUUGAUCAUUAUGAAUUUCAUCGAUUACGUUAAUUUUAAUCGACAAACCGAAUGCAGGUUGCUGUGCGUAGCGUGACCAAACAGGGGUCCGUACAUGUAGCUCUCUGCACUCAGAAGGAGCGAGACACAAACAGUCGGUCAGUCUGUAGCAUACCGAAGCACAAAUGCGUAUUGAACGAUGAUUUGUACAAGAAAUUCCACGCUUUCCGUUGCGUUCGGGACAAGUGUGAGUCCAUGUGCACAGUGUACAAAGCAGCACAUAUGUUUCGGUGUCCAGUGGGAAAAAGCUUUACCAGGUGAGAGCUGCGCAAUGUCGAUGACGAGUCCCCAUCUCCCACCCCCCGUACGGUGUCCUGGUUUUGACAAACGCAAAUAUGGUCACACUAACCUGUAUUCCACUGAAUAAUGUCUUUUAAUCCAACAGACGUUGACCGCAUCAGCGACACAAGAGCUGUAGUUUUAUCUUCGCUUAGUUUAUGCAAACUAGUGAUGCGGUUUUAAAUUUAGUUUCUGUGAGAGUUGCGCAAAACUGCAUUAAACACAUUAUAAUGUCAAACGGGCUGAUGUGGCUCUAGAGUCGUUACUGUUUAUAUGUCAUAAAGUUGAAUUUAUUUAUGCAGAUUAGUAGUGCAGAUAGUAAUAAUAAUGAUGAUCAUUUUAAUAUAAAAACUUGAAUGAUUAAUCGAUAAUCGAUCGUUAAUUCUUCCGACGAUCGAUUAAGAAAAUUUCAUCGAAUGCCCAUCCCUAAAUUCGACCAACGGAAAUUAUCAAAAAGGGGAGGGGGCGAGGGGGGAAAACAUGUGCAGAGGACAGUACAUGCUGCCUCUGUCCUGUUCAGUAUGUACAGGGAAUUUCCAAUUUGUUUAAAAAGGAAAUAAAGAGAUCAACAAUCACACAGUACAACAAGUGCAGGAGCUGCUUCCUCUGAGCAGUGUUUUGUUUAGUUGUAAAUUAAGUCACAUUGCAAUUUUCAGGUGUAUGAAAUGAUCUGUUAUGUGGUAGGAAGGACUGCAUGUCAGUAACAGCUCUCCAGUCAUGGCAUUAAUUUAAUAUUUGUUAUUAACCCAGAACGAUCUCUCUUUGUGUUUCUUAUACAGAUUAAUAUCAGCCUGGUCCCCACGGCCUCUGUUGCAUCUCAAGACCCGCCAAAUAUGAUUGUGCAAUUACAUUUGCUUUUGUUUUCAGUGAUGCAUGUGAACCAAAGGAGCUCAUUGGUCACCUAAGAUUUACAAAUAAAGUCUAAUUUGGUUUAGUUUAGUGCUUUGCUUAUUGAUUCUGCAGAAAUUCACAAUGCAGAUGUUUUUCAGUCCUCUGUGAUAUUUUUUUCUUUUAUUUUUUCCAAUACAGAGUGACCAUGUGUGUCCCUGAUUGGCCCAAUUGAAAACAGGGAGAUUCAGUGGUGGCCAGACUCACAUUUUUGUGAAGUAUUACAAAUUGCAUUGGCCCUCAUCUGUGAUCACAUUACACAGGAGCCCGGCCGAUGGACCACAACUGCCCCUCGGCCCCUGCCUCUCUGUGGCAAGCUAUGUGUGCAUCUCUGACCCGGGAUUUCCCAUAAGGCCGUGCAUGUGUUCAACGGUGUCUGUGCAGGAGAGUUUAGAGCGGAAGUUUGGGAAACAAGGAGGACCCAUCCCCAUCGUGCCCACCGCUGACUUCCAGGCUCGAGUUGCUGGUGCGUCAGAGAAGGACAUUGUUCACUCAGGCUUGGCCUACACAAUGGAGAGAUCUGCUCGGGGCUUUGGUAACGUGGGUCUUCACUCCAUGAGGUACCUGCACAGGUUCGGGGCCAAGUGUGUGGGAGUGGGCGAGAUCGACGGAAACAUCUACAACCCCGAAGGCAUCGACCCCAAGCAGCUGGAGGACUACAAACUGGUCUGAACCGCUCUAGUCCAGUUCUUAACCGCUCUAGUCCAGUUCUGGUCCAGUACCAAAAAAUGCCCAUGCUCAUAUAUCAACCAUUUUCAUAGUGAUUAACAAUUCAAAUGAAAAUGUUAUCUCCUUAUAGCCAAAAGUUUUCCCCUCAUUUCUCACUCCCUCUCCCCCUCAC